AGGACCACUGGGAAGAGAGAAGGGGUGUCACUCUUUCCGGAAUCCGGCCUGGACUUGAGAGCAAAAAAAACUACGAAUCCCAGCACGUCCCGCGGCUUUGGAGCACCGCCCCUGGCGAACUACAACUCCCAGUAGGCAUCGCGGCAGCACUUAGGUUUGUGGCCAGGAUGCGGUGGUGUAGGUAGUUACCAUGGAGUUGCGCUGAGUAAGCCUGAGGUAGUGGGACGCCGAGGCUGGAGGGAAAGCAACUGCGGGGGUAUUUCCAUUUUAACAGGGAACAAUCCCUGAACCCAAAGGAAUGAAUCCCUAAUGGUGGCGUUUCAGGCACUGGUGACAGGCUGAACCCGGACUCCCAGGGCCAAUGCUUACACCUGACAAAUGAUGGCCUGAGCUAUGAACAAACAGGACUAUAUGAACACUUCGGUGCAAGAGCCCCCUCUUGACUACUCCUUCCGAAGCAUCCACGUGAUCCAAGACCUGACGAGUGAGGAGCCACGGACAGGGCUACGACCAAUAAGGCACUCAAAGUCAGGGAAGUCACUGACCCAGUCCCUGUGGCUGAACAACAAUGUCCUCAAUGACCUGAGAGACUUCAGCCAUGUGGUUUCACUGCUUCUGGAGCAUCCAGAGAACCUGGCCUGGAUCGACCUGUCCUUCAACGACCUGACUUCCAUUGACCCUGUCCUGACAACUUUCUUCAACCUCAGUGUACUCUAUCUCCACGGCAACAGCAUCCAGCGCCUGGGAGAGGUGAACAAGUUGGCCGUCCUCCCGCGGCUCCGGAGCCUCACACUCCACGGGAACCCCAUAGAGGAACAGAAGGGGUAUAGGUCAGAUCCUGAUGCGGCUGGUGGAGGAGAAGGCCCCUGUUCCGUGCUAGAGCUGGGCACCCACUGCGGGUACUCCACAUUGCUUAUUGCCCAUGCCCUGCCCCCCGGGGGCCGCCUUCUCACCGUGGAGUGGGACCCACGCAUGGCAGCAGUGGCUGAAAAACUCAUCCGCCUGGCUGGCUUUGACGAGCGCACGGUGGAGCUCAUCGUGAGUAGCUCAGAGGAGGUGAUCCCACGCCUACGAACCCAGUACCAGCUGAGUCGGGCAGACAUGGUGCUCCUGGCACACCGGCCCCGAUGUUACCUGCGAGACCUGCAGCUGCUGGAGGCCCACGCCCUGCUGCCAGCUGGUGCCACUGUGUUGGCUGACCAUGUGCUCUUCCCUGGUGCACCUCGCUUCCUGCAGUAUGCCAAGAACUGUGGCCGCUACCGCUGCCGCCUCCACCACACUGGCCUCCCAGACUUCCCUGCCAUCAAGGACGGCAUAGCCCAACUCACCUAUGCAGGGCCUGGCUGAGGUCCAGGCCCAGGGGUACUUACUGCUACCCCUCCACCCCCACCCAAGCAAGGACCUCAGAACAUCCCCUCCCCCACUGCUUGUGGCCUGACACAUGCUGAGCUCCGGGGGGCAGUGUGUGGGGGGGAAGGCUGUCCUCCCACCUUUGCCCUACUCCUGUUCCACACUGAUUCAGGCAUCAAGUUCUGUCAGAUUGCUUGGUCCCACUGGCCCCUCUCCUUCCAGAGACAGUCAUGGAUUAACAGGCAAGAGUCCUGAGCUCCCAACCCAACUCUAUCACUGAUUUUCUGGGUGACUCCAAAGGAGUCCCUGUGCUGCUCUGAGAUUUAAUCUGCUUUCUUAACACCAAGGAAGCUGGCUGGAAGAGCUCCAGGGGCGUCCCAGCUCCGGGCCACAGAAAGCCUGCCCUCCCCAGCCCAUGCAGUUCCAGGUGGGAUCAGAGGAAACAAGAGAGGCUCUGAAGGAAUAUAUGAAUAUAAGCUGGGCCAGAGAUGAAGCCUGGGCCCAGAGCC